ACUCCAGGGGCUUUUGUUUUGUGUAGAGUGCUCUGGCAUUGCCUGAGGAUAAAUUGAAAGUAUGCUCAUUUCCCUCCCCAGUAAGAUUCUCAGUGUCCUCUGGGGCCUACAAUUUGAGCAAACAUUAACAAUAUAGUUAAUUUAUUCUUAUUGUUUUAGUUCUAACUGCAUUGUUGCUUCCUGGCAGAUGCAAGGAAAACUUUGCCUUAAAGCAACACCAGGCAGCACAACAAAAGGGAUUCAGGGUAGCCAGUAGACAAGAAAUAUGCUGAAGCAUGGACAGAAUAUACCCAGUCAGGUGUGCUUAGUCAUAGGACAUAACAUGAGCACUGUAACAGAUCUUUAGAUUUUUAUCUGGUUGACUGCACCAUAAGUUAAUACUUUUAAUGGUACACAAAUUAACUUGAAUUGUGCAGGUCUGUAAUGUGGGCAGAUCACUGACAUUGUCUGCACACUUAAUGUAGGUUAGGGAAGUAAUAAGAAAGCAAUUUUUAUGAUGUUCUCAUUCUGUAAAAUAGAAACCCCAAGCUGUUAGUUUAGAGAUUUAGGCUUUAUUAGUGCCCAUUUGUAAUGAAGUUGUUUGUUUCCCCAUUUUAGGAAGCCAUAACAAGCUUCAACCAAGACAAGCGAUUCUUCUGUGCUAUUCUUUCUUCCCACACUCCCUCCACAGGUGUCAGCUAUGUAGAUGCAAAUACUGUUGUCUUCUAUGACACUGAUUUAAAUCCUCUGCUGGAUAAGAAGGCCAAUGAAUGGUGUGAUAAAAUUGCAAGAGAUGGAGAUAUUCACAUAUACAGGUGCUAAGAAGUGAUAUAUGUGUUAUAAAGUCAAACCCAGAGGGGUUUAGGUGAAAUUAGGAUUUUUUUGGUUGAGGUCAUCCUUUUAGUUUAAGUCAUUUAAAUCUUUAAAGAUCUGGUUAGUCAAGCAUAUUUCUUCCCUUCAGGCUUAAAGGGAAAAUGAAAAGUCCUGUCUUUCCCCUUUCUGUAAGUUCUAUUCCUGUCUUUCACUCUCACCCUGAAAACAGUCUGGAUUUUUGUGUUGGGACAGUCAAAAUGAAGAUUGGUAUCUCUGACUAUCUUCUGUCCUUGAUAAACAUAGAAUCAUAGAAGGGCUUAGGUUGGAUAGGAUCUUAGAGAUCAUCUACUCCAACCUCCCCACCAUGAGUAGGGAUAUCUCUCAGCUAGACUCGGCUGCUCAAGGCCUCAUCCAGUCUGGCCUUGAACCCUCCCUGGGAGAAGGCAUCCACAACCUGCCUGGGUAAUCUAUUUUCAGAGUCCCACCACCCUUAUAUGGAAGAACUUCUUCCUAAGAUCCAGUCUAAAUUUCCCCUCCUCCAGCAUAAAGCCUUUGCCCUACUGGUAGACAUCCUUAGGAAAAGUCCCUCUGAAGCUUUCCUGUAGGAUCCCUUCAUCUAUUGGAAGGCAGUUCUAAGGUCCUCUGGGAGUCUUCUCUAGGCUGAACAAUGCCAGCUCCCUCAGUCUAUCCUCAUAGCAGAGAUGCUCAAGCCCUUGGAUCACUUUUGUGGCCCUCCUCUGGACUCACUAUACCAGCUUUGCAUCCUUCUUAUGAUGGGGACACCAGAACUGGAUGCAGUAUUCAAAUUGGGGUCAUUUGGUUUCAGAUGACUAUUGAUGAGAUGCUGAUAUACCUCUAGUUCAGAGGUGUAUUCAAAAGCUUUUCUGAAGUGGCAAUUUCUUCUGGAAGGGCAUGCAGAGGGGAGCUCUUGUUCACCUCACACCACUGGCUGUGCAGUGCACAGACACUGUUAGCAAAUGCCCCCCUAGUGUAGGGAUUUGUUAAAACCUCCAACCAUCUAGAAGACAGCACAGUUUAUUGUUAGUUUUUAAAGUGAGGACUGAAAGUGGUUUGGAAACAGGAAUUGGGACAUAAAAAGAAAGCUUUCCUCUAAAACUGAAACACAAAUACACAAGUUCCUAUUGUCUAGGUUCUAAUUUAAAUUUCCCAGAGACUCAAAUAUAGUUGAUAGAACCAAUAACAAUUUUUAGGAUGCCCUUCCCUCUUCUCCCUUCUUUCCCAAGUGAAAAGGAGUUAAAUGGAGAGAGAGAAAAGGCAUACAGGCCCAAAUAAAUAAUCUCACUGUUAUUUGGAAGUUAAAAGAAGAAAAGUUUAACAAUAAAUAAAAGGUAUUUAAGGUAGGGAAGUUGUACCUGAGAAUCAAGAUGUUGUCUACACUGAUCCUGUUAUGUGUUUGAUGUACACCAGUACCCCAAUUCCAGAGUCUAAGCUUCCACCUCUGUCUCUUGGGAGCUCACAUAAGCAUCAGAGCCCAGAUCUGUCGUGUAAGUUGGAUUCAAAACUGCAUGGGGAGGUGUGAUAAUGUUUUGUGUGGAACAAUGUGAAAACUCUUCUGCAAUAAGAAAUUCAGUCAUGUAUGCACUGUUAGCUCUGUUAAGAUUGAUACCACUGUGGAAAAUGAUUUGAUGUAGAGUGUGAGCUGAGGGAGUGCAGAGUGAAAGCUUGCUUACAAAGUAGAAAUAGCAAAUGAGCAGGAGUAAAGCAGUAAAACUCCUGUGCUUCCAUUUCAUCUGGUUUUAAGCUUGCUUUCCUAGUGAAGUGAGAAGCUAUUUCAAAAUGACUGAUCAAGUCAAAUACUGUAUUAGGUUCCUCAUAAACUAAAGGUAGCUGCAUUCAGAAAAGUAAAAUGCUUAUCAUUAGUCAGAUUAUUUGCAGCAAUCAGUUUCUGUCAUGACCCUGUUGCACAAAGUUCCUUUCUGGCUGAAGAUAACAACUUUGUCACACCCAGUAGCCUCAGGUGAGAGAAAGAAGCAUUGCCACAAAGGGAUGGUUGUUCCCCCACCUUCACUUUUCAAACAAGUGACUCCAAGAACACUGAAAACAUGACAGAAGAUCAAAGCUCAGAAGAGUCUCCUCAAGCUACAGCAGAAAACACAUUUUGCAAGACCUUCACCAGCUGAAAACAAGCAAGAUAGCCCUGCAUGGAUAAUUGCUGAAGACCUGGCACUGUUAAAAGUAUGGACACUUCCUUCAAACCUCGCCAUGGUGUGGCCAGCACAGACAGCAAACUGGGACUUUGUCAGUGAUGUUGUUAGCUCUGGAAACAAUGCUUAUCACUCCCCAGAGCAAUGCCAAUGUCGCUACAUAAAAGCACUUGAAGGAAAGAACACAGGUGGUUAUCCUCUUUGUGUUAGACAAGUCUAUGCUAAAGACCUGAAUUCUGAACACACUCAAAUCUGUAUGAAUCACUUUGAGUUGAUGACAGUGACAGCUAGAAAAAGAAGUUCCUCAAACAGAUCUCUUGCAGAGACUGAUAACAACCUGCUGCCCGUGUCCGAGAUUGUUUCUACCUGUGUGGAGCCUAUGAUGAUGCAGGAAAAGGAAUUGACUGAAAAUCAAACAGCUCCACAACUGCCAGAGCAACAGCCUAGUCAGAAGGAAGAAGAAGAACAAAUAAUGGAGCAAAUCUAAACCCAGUGUCAGCAUCGGGUGGAAAUACAGCGGCUGAAGUUUCGCUGGUCCGUGCUGAGAUAAGCAGCCUGCAGUUCCUCUUGCAAGGAGGUGACUUUUCUUCGGAUUUUCAUACUCGAUGGGACCGCUAAGCGGUGCUGGGCAGAGACGCCUCUCGGAACCGUUACUGCGCUCUCGGAUCUGCACUACAAUAAAAGUGUAAUGUCCUGCCA